AUGACUGCCGGAGCCUCCCCGUCCAGCUCUCCCCGUCUCCCCAGCCCUCCUCCUUUUACAGAAGUGCAAUUCGGGCCCGCGUCGCCUUCUGUUGGCGAGACAUUUGGAAAGGAUGCGGAGCAGCUGUUAGGCGUGCCGGCACAGGAUGAUGGCUCGACGCGCAGGAUUCGGCCGGGCAGCAGAGCGGCUAAUAUGGCAUUCGGCCCGCCACUGAUUCCAUUGUCGCAGCUCGACUCCCCUUUCCAGCUCCAGGAGCAUCUCAAAGCCUUGUACCACCACUUUACGAAACCCGAAGGAUCGGACACGGUGGUCCCGAUUAACCGCCAAGUCGCGAUCGAGCUCGCGGAACCACCAGAGGGCGUCGACCGGUCCCUCUGGCUUUACGAACUUUGCCGAUUCCUCACGAUGAAAGUUAAUAAUCUGCUCAUUGCGUUUUUCGCCGAGGAUCCGCCUUGCUCGGCGCAGACGUGCCCGGAGAUGCGCGCAUCGGAGUGGCAAUACCUUUGCGCUGUCCACGAACCUCCUAAAUCAUGCUGCGCUAUCGAUUACUGCUGCCAUACUCUCGACUGGGCUACAAAUACCCUGACUUCGCCGAAGAACUUCCCCAGCCGACUGACACUUGGCUCUGAGACCGCUGGCGGACCGCAGGCAAGUAUGAGACAUCUCACCAACAUCUUCCGCCGUCUGUACCGGAUCUUCGCGCACGCUUGGUUCCAGCACAGAAGUGUCUUUUGGGAGGUUGAGGGCAAUGACGGCCUUUACGUAUUUUUCAAAACCGUUUGCGACAUGUACAAUCUCAUUCCGGAAGAUAACUACACCAUUCCUGCGGAGGCGGAGGGGAUAGAUGCUACUGAACCCGCAGUUGUCGAGCCGGUCGAGAGCAAGCGUCUGACAAUUCUGCGCAAGGAUGGUGAAAGUCCUUUCGGCUCGCUGGAGAACAUGGCUCCCCCAAUCGAUACCGGCGCCACCACACGACGACACAAGCACAGUCCUUCUACCGGGUCUCAUGUUGGAACUAUCACCGAAGCUGCGGAGGACUCCGAGGAUUCUCCCCGAGCUUCCGUUCUCUUGCGGCCCACUCUGAGGGACUCUCCUGAGCCCCGGCCCCAGUCACCCGUCAAGGCCGAGAUCGAGGCUGAGAUCGCUGCCGAAGAGACAGAAGUGACAGCAGAACCCCCUAUUGAAGCGACCGAAUCUGCUCCUGCAGAUAAAAUUGAGGUCCAAGAGCCAAAAGAGUCGCUUGUAGAGACGGAAGAACCCGCUGAACAACCCACCGAUGACAGCUCAGAGAAAGAUGCAGAGCAAUCGGAGCAGCAGCAGGAGCAAAUCCAACAAGGCGAAGAUACUGAAACGCCAGAAUCUACCGAAAAGGCCCCCGAGGGCGACGAUGUGACGACCCCUUCCGUUGACCAGGAGGCCAAAGAAGAAACCGAGACGAAGGCCGAAGCCGAAACCGAAGUCCAAGCUGACGCUACAGCUGAAGCCGAGUCGAAGACGGAUGCCUAG